UCCUGGAUGUAAAAGGACUGCAAUCUACUCCUUUCUAGCUAGGUCAGCCAACAUUAGCUCAGUUAUAACCAGAUAAUUUAUAACAGAUUGUUAGUACUUGCAUUUGCCAUGCACGUUAUGCAGAGAGAUUUUCAGGUGACGAUGCAACUGCUGCAGCUGGUUCUUCUCCACUCAGCCUGGGAAAUGGGGAGCGGCCAGCUCCAUUAUUCUGUGCCGGAGGAAUCCCAGCACGGCACCUUCGUGGGCCGCAUCGCCCAGGACCUGGGGCUGGAGGUGGAUGAACUGGUGCCUCGGAUGUUUCGGAUGGUGUCCAAAGAACACAAGGAUUAUUUAGAGGUAAAUGUGCAGAAUGGCAUCUUGUUUGUGAAUUCCAGGAUAGACAGGGAGGAGCUGUGUGCCCAGAGCCACAUCUGCAUCAUUAAUCUGGAGGUAAUCCUGGAUAAACCCCUGAGGGUCUUCCAUGUGGAAGUGGAAAUCAGGGAUGUAAAUGAUAAUGCUCCUAUUUUCUCUGAGAAUGAGGAGAUUUUGAGUGUUGCAGAGUCAACAUUGUCAGGUGCUCAUUUCCCUCUAGAGGGAGCCUCUGAUGCAGACGUUGGUGUUAAUGCUCAGCUCAAGUACAGGCUUAGUUCCACAGAAUAUUUCGCUGUUGAAGAGAAAAUCAACGACAGGCACAGCAAAUCAUUGGUGCUGGUGUUAAAGAAAUCUUUGGACAGAGAGAAAAUCCCUGUGCAUCAUUUAGUGUUAACAGCUACUGAUGGGGGCCAACCAGAACUCACAGGCACGGUCCAUCUUGAGGUCACUGUGAUGGAUGCAAAUGAUAAUGCACCUGUAUUUAAUCAGUCUGUUUAUAAGGUGAAAUUCUUAGAAAAUGUGGCAGAUGGAAUAUUGGUUAUCCACCUCAAUGCAACAGACUUAGAUGAGGGAAUGAAUAAAGAACUCUACUACUAUUUCAGUAAACAUGUUUCUCCCAAUGUAAAAAAUAUAUUUAGUAUAGAUACACACACAGGAGAAAUUAGGGUAAAAGGAAAAGUGGAUUAUGAAGAUAUUAAUCUUUAUGAUAUUGAAAUUGAAGUGAAAGACAAAGGAAUUCCCCCUCUGUCUGGGCACUGCAAUGUCAUUGUAGACGUAAUGGACAUGAAUGACAACAUCCCAGAAUUGUCAGUGACAUCUCUGUCAGUACCUGUGCCAGAGGACUCCCCGCCGGAGACAGUGGUGGCCCUGAUUAGUGUCUCAGACAAGGACUCUGGCUCCAAUGGACAAGUGAGCUGCUCUCUGUGGCCUCCUGGGCUCCCAUUUAAGCUCGUGUCUACAUUCAAGAAUUACUACUCAUUGGCGCUAAAUGAGACCUUGGAUCGGGAGAUGAUCACAGAAUAUCAACUGGUUGUAACAGUUCAAGACCAAGGGGUACCAUCACUGUCAGCCACCGUCAGACUGGUAAUACCCAUUGGCGAUGUGAAUGACAAUGCUCCUGCUUUUGCUCAACCCUCCUACACGGUCUUUCUGAAAGAGAACAACCCACCUGGUGCCCACAUCUUCACAGUGUCUGCCACAGACCCAGACAUGGCUGAGAAUGCCCUCAUCAGUUACUGGAUAGAUGAGAAUCUCUGGCCGCUGUCAAGCUACAUCUCAGUGCACUCAGAGAGUGGGAAGCUCUACGCCUUGCAGCCCUUGGACUAUGAGGAGCUGAAGCUGCUGGAGUUCCAAGUGAGCGCCAAGGAUGCCGGGAUACCCUCAUUGUCCAGCAGUGUAAUUGUACAAGUCUUUGUGGUGGAUGAGAAUGACAAUGCCCCGACAGUAUCUGGGCCAGAGAAUGCUCCCGUCUUGCUAGUGGUCCCUUUGGUGGCUGGACAGAUGGUAGGCAAGAUCCGUGCACUGGAUGCCGAUUCAGGCUACAAUGCAUGGCUUCGCUAUGAGCUGCAUGAGGCAACAAGUGGCCCUUGGCAGGUAGGACUGUACAGUGGGGAGAUCAGCACCACACAUGUUUUGAAUGAGAUGGAGGGUGAUGGUAGCAGCCAGAAUCUGUUGGUGCUGGUGAAGGAUCAUGGCAAGCCAAUUCGGUCAGCCACAGCCACACUGAGUGUAUCACUGGUAGUGACUACCCAGGCCAGUCACACGGAUGGCCACCAUUCUAGAGUAGGAGGGAGCCCAAAGCCCUUUGCAGAGAACACUAAUGUUUAUCUGAUCGUCGCCAUCUGCUCAGUGUCCAGCUUGUUUCUUCUGGCAAUCAUUGUUUACAUGGCCCUGCGAUGCCAGUGCCAGCCCAAGGAGGGAGUGGUGCAUGGCCCUGGCACAGCCACAUUGGUUUGUGCCAGUGAAGUGGGAAGUUGGUCAUAUUCCAAUCGCCAUAGUCACAUCCUGGCAGGUGCAACUGGGGAGGCUGGUGCCAAGAAUGAUCUCAUGGUUUUCAGCCCCAACAUCCCUGCCUUUGUGGAGAAUGGAAAAGUGAAGAAUGGGAAGGAAAUGGCUCUAAAUGCAUCUGGGCAGGUAAGUCUCUGGAAAGGGUUUUCUUUCUUUCAUUUGGCUUUGUUGUGUUACUAAG